GAAGCCGCGAGCCGCGAGCCCGGGGCCGCCUGCGCCCGACGCUCCGCUGAGUCCGCGAUUUGAAACCUACUUAUUUGGAAACUCUACGGUGCAGAUCAGCUCCUUCUCUGAAACUGAGUUAUACAGAGGAUCCCGUGGGCAGCAGGAGUAGCCCUUGGUCCCCGUAGGGGUCAGCGGCAGGACUUUUCAGAGCCGGGACGGCCCCUGUCCACUUUGCCAUUGGGUUAAGUUGUGAGAGCUCUCCAAGGUCACCUACCUUCUCAUUUUAAAGGCCGGAACCGGUGUGGAGCUGAGAAUGUGGGGAGGAAGAGAUUGAUAUGGCUCGGGUGCCGGGCUUGACUCCGAAGCGCUUUCCGCGGCCUGUGCCCUGGGAUCAGUGAUGAAGCCGCCAUCAUGUCCUCAGUCAGCGAAGUGCAUCCCGACCUCCAGGAGCUGCUCACCAACAUUAACUUGGAGCAGUACCUGGGCCGCUUCCAGGAGUCCGGCUACCGCUCGGUGAGGGACUGCGCCCACAUUGACGACGGCGUUCUGCAGAAGAUCGGGGUCCUUCCCACGGGCCACCGGAGGAGGAUCCUCAAGCAGCUGGAGAUGAUCCUUUCCAAACUGCCCGAGGCGGCCGUCUACGCCAACGUCCGCAAGAUCAAGAAGGAUGCUCUGGGGCUGCGGGGGGGCCCGGCCCGGUGCCCCGGGGGGGACUCCUGGGCCGAGCGGGCCUGGGGUGGGAGCGCCGGCCCCGAGCCCGUGGCCAGCGGGAGCGCUAUCUCCAAGGAAAACCGGCCGGCUCCGGAGUCGGCUGCUGCCCAGCAGAGCGAUUGUCCUCCCGCAGAGGCCGCGUCCCCACAGAACUUGGAGGCUUGUCAAAAUGCUGCCCUUGACGAUGGGAAUAGCGAGAAUGCAGCUUUGGUUACAGAGAGGAAUGUGGCCGGCGCGGAGGAGAAGGGGCCCAGAGAAGCCGCGGGGAGCUCGGGCCCGGCCGCCCCGCUUCCGAAUCCGGAGCAGAGAGAGGCUCUUGGCCCCCCGGAGCCUCCUGGCUGCACCUCGGGGGGCGGGAAGGAGCCCGGGGCCUUAUCAGCGCCCCCACCCCCGUCGCCCUUUUUUGAAUUUACGGGAGAGAUGAUUGUAAAUGAAUUGUACGUCUCCUCAACACAGAACCUGGCCCCCAUGAGGAGCCGCAGUAAAUUGGUGUCCAGACCCUCCCGGUCCUUCAUGCUGAGACACCGGCCUGUGCCGGAAAUCCCCGGCACGUCCAGAGGAGCCGCUUCGGGCAGCUAUGCCCGAGAGAGGAGAAUUGGGAACGCCAAUGGAAAGACAUUCACCAUGCAAAAGUCAUUUGAAGAAAAAUCAUCUUUGAUCUUUCCACAUGGGGAUCCUUUUUUUUUGAAGAGUACAGAAAACUCCAAGAAGAAAUCCUUGAAGAAUGAAUUUUGGAGUGUUGAAGAAAAACUUAAAAAGGAAGCGGGUCCUGAAAGGAUUUCAUUUUUUGGACAAUCAAGUAUCUAUGAUAACAGAAUAAAAGCCUGUGAAGACAAAGUAGAAGAUAUUUGGAUUCCUCGAGAAGACAAACCUGCUGCUUCAUUAGAUUCGGCUUCGGAGUCAGAAUAUUCCACGGUGGAAGAAUGUUUUAAUAGUUUAAGAAGAGGAAGUUCCAGGGCAUCCAAAUCCAGGGCUCAGAAAGGGAGUUUGGACUUGGCCGCUAACAGGCACAGUUAUCCCCAAAGUUCCGUCAGUAGUGGGCUUACUGAUCAAGCAACUUCGACGUCCAACUCCAUAUCACCUUACGCAUGCUAUUAUGGAUCAUCAGCAAAAAAGGUCAAAUCGGGAUGGUUGGAUAAGCAGUCUCCUCAAGGAAAACGCAUGUUUCAGAAGCGAUGGGUGAAAUUUGAUGGUUUUUGCAUUUCUUAUUUCAAUAAUGAAAAGGAAGUGUAUUCCAAAGGAAUAAUUCCUCUCUCUGCUGUAUCGACAAUCCGGGGUCAAGGAGACAGCAAAUUUGAAGUUGUUACAUCACAAAGGACGUUUGUAUUUAGAGUAGAAAAAGAAGAGGAGAGAAAUGACUGGAUCACUAUUCUGUUAAAUGCACUGAAAUCUCAGCCACUUGCUCCUCAGUCUCGAUCGGUUCUACCAGAGAAGUGUGGCUAUCUGGAAUUGAGAGGAUAUAAAGCUAAAAUUUUUACCGUGUUGAAUGGAAGCAAUGUGUGGCUCUGCAAAAAUGAGCAGGAUUUUAAGAGUGGACUUGGUAUUACUGUAAUUCCUAUGAAUUUAGCCAAUGUGAAACAUGUGGAUCGGACUGUAAAACAAUCUUUUGAAAUAAUCACUCCUUACAGAAGUUUUAGCUUUACAGCCGAGUCGGAAAAAGAGAAGCAAGAGUGGAUUGAAGCUGUGCAGCAAUCGAUCGCAGAAACUCUCUCGGAUUAUGAAGUAGCUGAGAAGAUUUGGUUCAAUGAGUCAAACAAGAACUGUGCUGAUUGCAAAGCGCCCGAUCCUGACUGGGCAUCCAUCAAUCUCUGUGUUGUCAUUUGUAAGAAAUGCGCAGGACAACACAGAUCUUUAGGGCCAAAAGAUUCUAAAGUUCGUAGUCUAAAAAUGGAUGCCAGUAUUUGGAGCAAUGAACUCAUUGAGCUUUUUAUUGUCAUUGGAAACAAAAGGGCAAAUGACUUUUGGGCAGGAAAUCUUCAAAAAGAUAAAGAAUUACACAUAGAUGCUCCAGUAGAAGAAAGAAAACUUUUUAUUACUCAGAAAUAUAAAGAAGGACGAUUCAGAAAAACCCUUUUGGCCUUUCUUACCAAAGAAGAAUUAAAUAAGGCCUUAUGUGCUGCGGUAGUUAAACCAGAUGUUCUUGAAACAAUGGCGUUGCUGUUUAGUGGAGCCGAUGUAAUGUGUGCAACUGGAGAUCCUGUUUACAGCACCCCUUACUUACUAGCUAAGAAGGCUGGGCAAAGUCUGCAAAUGGAAUUUCUCUAUCACAAUAAAUUCUCAGAUUUCCCCACACAUGACAUUCAUUGUGAAAGUGGAUUACCUCAAGAAUCUUCACAUUCUACUUUUCUCUGUGACUUUCUAUAUCAGUUUCCAACUGUAGCUGCUAAGCUGUCUGCAGAGAAAAAAAUGAUCGAAGAAACAAAUAAAAAAUGGUGUGUUUUGGAAGGGGGCUUCUUGAGUUAUUAUGAAAGUGAUAAGGCAACAACUCCCAAUGGCACGAUUAAUAUGAAUGAAGUCAUCUGCCUUGCUAUACACAAAGAGGACUUCUAUAUAAAUACCGGACCCAUCUUUACCUUUGAAAUAUACUUGGUCUCAGAGCGUGCUUUUUUCUUUGGUGCUGAAACUGCACAGAUUCAAAGAAAAUGGACACAGGCAAUAGCCAAGCAUUUUGUCCCCUUUGUUGCUGAAAACUUAGCAGAAGCUGAGUAUGACUUGAUUGGCCAGUUAUUCUACAAAGAUUGCCAUACCCUGGAUCAGUGGAAAAAAGGAUGGUUUGCUAUGGAUAAGUCUAGACUACAUUUUUGCCUUCAAAUGGAAAAUGCUGAGGAAGAAUUGAUGUAUUUGAGGAGAUUACAGGAGCUAACAAUCAGCACAGUGGUUCAAAAUGGAGAAAAAAUAGAUGUCUUGCUCUUGGUUGAAAAAGGAAGAACAUUAUACAUCCAUGGUCAUACUAAGUUGGAUUUCACAGUCUGGCAUACUGCAAUUGAAAAAGCUGCAGGUACAGAUGGUAAUGCACUACAAGACCAGCAGCUCAGCAAAAAUGACGUUCCCAUUAUAGUGAACAGCUGUAUAGCAUUUGUUACACAGUAUGGUUUGGGAAGCAAGCAUAUUUAUCAGAAAAGUGGGGACUCCUUCCGUAUAAGUGAACUCCUGGAAAGCUUCAAAAAAGAUGCCAGAAGCUUUAAAUUGAGGGCUGGGAAGCAUCAGCUAGAAGAUGUGACCGACGUGUUGAAAAGUUUUCUGUCUGACAUAGAUGAUGCACUUCUUACUAAAGAGCUCUACCCGUACUGGAUCUCUGCGUUAGAUAAUCAGGAUGACAAAGAGAGAGUUAAAAAAUACAGUACAUUUAUCCGUACACUCCCUGGAGUCAACAGGGCAACGUUGGCAGCUAUAAUUGAACACCUUUACAGGGUUCAGAAAUGCUCAGAGAUCAACCAGAUGAACUCUCACAGUUUAGCAAUGGUAUUUUCAUCCUAUUUGUUUCAAACUAAAGGACAAACUAGUGAAGAAGUAAAUGUAAUUGAAGACCUCAUUAACUAUUAUGUUGAAGUGUUUGAGGUUAAAGAAGAUCAGGUCAGGCAGAUGGAUAUAGAAAACAGCUUUAUUACCAAGUGGAAAGACACUCAAGUUUCACAAGCUGGAGAUUUGCUCAUUGAAGUAUAUGUGGAAAGAAAAGAACCUGACUGUAGCAUCAUAAUAAGAAUAUCACCUGUAAUGGAAGCAGAAGAAUUGACAAAUGAUGUAUUAGCAAUAAAGAAUAUCAUCCCUGCCAAGGGGGAUAUAUGGGCUACGUUUGAAGUCAUUGAAAAUGAAGAACUUGAGCGCCCACUUCACUACACUGAGAAUGUGUUGGAACAAGUACUUCAGUGGAGCUCAUUAGCCGAGCCUGGCAGUGCUUACUUAGUGGUGAAGAGAUUCCUAACCAUGAAUGUAAUUAAACGCUACAGUGAGAAAAGUGCAAUGGAAAGUGUAAAAGAAGGAAUCUUGAAAUUCAAGGAAGAACCUUCUAAAAUAUUGUCUGGAAAUAAAUUUCAAGAUAGGUACUUUGUUUUGCGAGAAGGCUGCCUAUUUCUUUACAAGGAUAUAAAGAGUAGCAAAGCAGAUAAAAUGCUUCCUCUCAACUCAAUGAAGUUUUACCUUGGUGUGAAAAAGAAAAUGAAAACUCCGACAAGUUGGGGAUUGACAGCCUAUUCGGAGAAACACCACUGGUAUAUGUGUUGUGAUGGCCCGCAAACACAGAUGGAAUGGUUGACCAGUGUUUUUCUUGCCCAGCAUGAUAAUGAUAUAUGGCCACCAGCUGGAAAGGAACGUAAGCGAUCUAUAACCAAAAAUCCCAAAGUUGGCGGUUUGCCUUUAAUUCCCAUCCAGCAAGAGAAAAAUACUAACCAAGCCAGAAGAAAUAUAGAGAAUGCAAAAGCAGGACUCGAAAAGCAGGAGAAAGAGUCGGUGGAAGCCACUCUAAGAGAGAGGGCCUCCAUGGUGGCUCAUUGUUUGGAACGCAAGGAGGACAAACUCCGGAAUCGGACUAAAAAGCACCGGAGUUUGAACUGUCUGGAGGACUCGGGGGCUGACAUUCUUCAUCACAAAUCACAUAAAGACUUGAAAUUUCUGAGGAAGAUUGAGGACAAGAGUAACAGAUCUAGUUUGGAAACUGAUAACAAGUUACCGUCCAAAGUGAUCGAGGAACUCAACGUGGUUCUUCAGAGAACAAGGACCCUGCCCAAGGAUCCAUGAUGGGCAUUUGGCCAAAAGGGAAAAGCGGUUCUCUUUGGAUAAUGUACAGUAGGUUCAUUGUUAAUGCACAGAAUAGCUGAACCAGGCCCUCCUGUUGUAAUUACUACAAAAUGCCAAGUUUAAAGUAUGUAUAUGAGUACCAUUAAGUGACUACAAUAAGAUUUACUGUUGUGAACACAGACUAAUGUAAAGUUAUGAUGGAAUAACUCACUUUUGUACAGUCAGAGGAAUCCUCUGAAAGCAGGGCCCUCACGGGGCGCUGUAUUUAGUGUAUAAUGUUUUGUCUUUUUCCCAAGAUGGUUUCGUUGAAUUUGACAGUACCUGUAACACAUAUUGCACUUUGAGAAACUUUGUUGAGUUGCUGCAUGAUUUUAGGUUUACAGAGCUAAAGCCCUGGACGGACGAGUGACUGCGUCGGGUGGUCAUGGUGUGGUGGCUGAAUCUGAAUCAGUCUUUGAAGAGGGAAACAUUUUCCCCAGAUUUUUAGGACCAAGGACCGUGGUGGGGACAAAAGCUACUCGGGGUCUGCUUCAGGUCGGUGGGGACCGGAAGCUGUUAAUGGGAGCUGCUGCGGCAGCCUGGCAGAAGGGAAUUUAGCACUUUUCCUGUAUUUUCUAGUAAAUGGUAUUCAGAUCACUACAGUGGCUUAAUUCUGUUCUUGGGUCCUUUUCUUAGUGUUUUAAGCAAAAUAAGCCAUAGGUUACGUUCACUAAACUUUUGGUCUUUAUAGAUGGCUUCAAAGGUUGUCAGACAAUAACUGAUGAGCAGGUCUUGAAAAGGAGCAGAGAUUCUAGUCUACUCAUUAAAGCUAUAACUAAAAUCCAUACGUAUCUAUAUCUCCCUGUACCUGUCUGUAUAGGGAGAUAGAUACAUCUCUGUGUAUGUGUGUGUAUGCAUGUAUAUGUGAGUGUGUAUAUAUACAUAGAUAUAUAUAUACACAUAUGUAUGUGUAUUUAUAUGUCACAUACAUAUACAUAUUUAUACCUAGAUAGUGUAUCUCCCUUUAUAGAUAGAUACAGGGAAAUGUUUAUGUGUACAUGCAUAUAUACAUAUAUGUCUCUGUAUGUGUGUAUAUAUAAACAAAC